UCCGUUACAGGCGAAAUAAUAAAACUGCGCAACGCUCGGGUAAGACGACGUUUAUGUUUUUGCAUAAAGAAGUUCUUCAUUAAAUGGAGUAGAAUAUUUAAGAUUAUCUUGGUAGGCUUAAUUUUAAAGUAGUUUGCUGUAUAGAUCAACUUUAGGUUUGUUUGGUUUUUUUUUGGUUUGUGCAAGUUAACUUCAGAGGAUCGAUGGAGUUUGACUGAGUUAGUUGAUAACCAGCUUCGUAGUACUGAUUAUCUGUACGGCCGAUGUUAGGCUCGGUGAAGCCAGAUAACGAAAAGAUAUCCUGGGCAUGUUGAACUUGCUUCGUAGUGCAGGUCCCAGAUCAGAUUAACUUUGUGUGGACAAAAGUGUAGGCCUUCUGCUAAUCAGUGAGAAUUUUAAAACAUGAAAAGAAACUGAAACCAACCAUGUCGCAGCUCUGCUAAGAGAUCCUUUUAUUCAAGUUUAAGGUGUGUUAGGUUUUAUGCUUUGAAGUAUACCUUUUAAUAACAUUAGGAUCUUAUAACGUAAGAGCCAUUUUUGUUAAUGUUUUGUUGGUAAACCUCCCGCAAUUUGCGGGGAGCAGGGCCGCUGUCAAUCAGGCAGAGUUUGACGUCAUCAGGUGUUGGGAGAAUUGGGAGAAGCAAACAGUUUUUAACCGUGCGGUAAAUUCUUUCUUUCUUUUGUCUAUGUUUGGGUAAUGGACUUACAACAGGAACAGUGGAUGUACUCUGUGUGUAUUUUUGGAAACCCACGGACUAGGGGUCACUACAUGUAGGUUGAUCAUGUUUGUCAGGAUGUGAACUCCAGAAGGUUCUGGGGAUAUUUUGACCUGCAGCAGGUCAGUACUGUUAGUUUUCUGCUCUUGUAGUGACUGAUGAGUCACAAAAGUGACAUCAGUCAUAAUCAUUAAUAAUAUCGUUUUAAAUGAUAUAUUUCUAAUGUAUUCUACACUAAUCAUCAAAUACAUGUUUCUCAUAGACAUUCAUUUCUUUAUCCAGAUGUAGAAUCUGACUGUCAAAGAAUCAGUUUUGUGGCUAGGAGAGAAAUUGGGUGUUUCCUCCAAAAUGGACGCUGCCGAAAAAACUGAAAAGUAUCCUGAACAGCCACAACUGCCUGGCUCAUCCUGCAGGUUUAUGAAAAGUGAUGCUUCCAUGAAGGGUCGUCAUGACUUCUGCAAAGAAGCAGCUGAUAGUUCAAUUACAUCUGAGAAAUCAGACCUACCUGCCUCAUCCUGUGUGUCUAUGAAAAGUGAUGCCUCCAUGAAAGGUCGUCCUGACUUCAACAAGGAAGAUGCUGAUAGAGACCCACACGGCUGUUCAGAAUCAACAGAAAUGGAUGCUAAUGCCAUAUUCAAGUUGGUGGAAGUUUGUGGCACACUCAUUUGGCAGAGAGAGCUUAGAAAGUAUAAAAGGAUGCUCUUUCCACACCUGUCACAAUCUUCUGAGAGUGAAAACCAGGAUAAGGACAGAUUGACUACUGAAGAUAAACAGGAAGACAGCAGUGCCAGUGAGGGGGCUCUGAAGAUAACACUACAUGUCUUAAAGGACAUAGGCCAAAGAGAGCUUGCUAACCAACUGGAGAAACACAUUUAUGGUGAGCUUGAUGUCUGCCAACGCAAACUCAGACAGAAAUUGAAAAAGUAUGAAUACAUAUACGAGGGAGUGCCACAGCAUGGAAACCGGACACUUCUCAACAAGGUGUACACCGAGCUCUACAUCACGGAGGGAGCCAGUGGAGCCAUUAAUGAUGAACAUGAGGUCAGGCAGAUUGAAGCUGCAACCAGAAGACAAGCAACAGAAGAGAAGCCAAUCAAAUGCGAAGACAUCUUUGAGCCCCUCCUCGGACAAGACAGAUUCAUCAGAACCGUGCUGACUAAAGGAAUUUCUGGUAUUGGAAAAACUAUCUCUGUACAGAAGUUUAAUCUGGAAUGGGCAGAGGGAAGGGUUAACCAGGAUAUCCAACUCCUAAUUAAUCUGCCAUUUCGGGAGCUGAAUCUGAUGAGGGACAGACAGUGCACGCUGAUACAGCUUCUUCAUCAUUUUCUUGCAGAGGCAAAAGAAUCAGGGAUUUCAAAUUUUGGCAAGUACAAGCUUGUGCUGAUAUUUGAUGGGUUGGAUGAGUGCCGGCUCCCCCUGGACUUUGCCCACAAUGAGACCUGCUGCAGCAUCUCGGAGCCAGCUUCAGUGGAUGAACUGCUGACAAACCUCAUCAAGGGGAACCUGCUGCCCUCUGCACACAUCUGGAUCACCUCCAGGCCUGCAGCUGCAAAUCGUAUUCCAGUUGAUCUUGUUGAUCGUGUGACAGAGAUUCGAGGGUUCAACAACCCCCAGAAGGAAGAGUACUUCAGGAAAAAAAUCUCUGAUCAAAACAUGGCCAGUAAAGUCAUCUCACAUGUUAAGUCAACCAGGAGCCUCCAUAUCAUGUGUCACAUACCAGUCUUCAGCUGGAUAUCUGUCACCGUUCUGCAGAAGAUUUUAGAAGAAGCAGAAAUGAAGAGAGUAGAGGAGGACGGGGACAGAGGAGAGAUGCCCAAGACUCUGACACAGAUGUACACACACUUUCUGGUGUACAACUCGUUGAUCAAAACUCACAAGUACCCAGCAGGACAGGAGGCAUCUGAAACUCAGUCCCAGGUCAACAUGGAUGAAGAGAUGAUCUUGAAGCUUGGAAAACUGGCCUUUGAGCACCUGAUGAAAGGCAACAUGAUCUUCUAUGAGAAUGAACUGAAUGAGUACAAUAUCAACGUCAAUGAUACUGCGAUAUAUUCAGGAAUCUUCACUCAGAUCUCAGAGAAUGAUGUCGGAUUUCAUCUGGAGAGGGUCUACUGCUUUGUGCAUCUCAGCAUACAGGAGUUUUUUGCGGCAAUGCACGUUUUGCACACAUUCAUCUGCAACAAUCAGAACUUGCUGGAACCACAACAAACCAUCACCACCCAGGAGGCUCCCAGUGACAUAACCAGUCUCCUAAGCAGUGCAGUGGAUAAGGCCUUGCAGAGUGAGAACGGACACCUAGAUCUUUUUCUACGUUUCCUUCUUGGCCUCUCACAGACAUCUAAUCAGACUUUGUUGAAGAGUGUACUGACCACAAUGAAGGGCAGUUCACUAAGAAAUGAGGAAAUCGUUGAGUACAUCAAGGAGAAGAUCAGGCAAAAUCUGUCUCCAGAAAGAUGCAUCAACCUCUUCCACUGUCUCAGUGAGCUAAAUGAUCAGUCUCUUUUGGAGGAGAUCCAAAACUACCUGAGUUCCGGCAGGUUGUCAGAGACCGAGCUGUCACCUUCACAGUGGUCUGCUCUGGUCUUCAUGUUGCUGAACACAGACGAGUUGGAUGAGUUUGAUCUGAGGAAAUAUUCAAGAUCAGAGGAGGGUCUUCUGAGACUGUUACCAGUGAUCAAAGAAUCCAGAGUAGCCUUGCUUAAAGAAUGCAACCUGGCAGAGAAAUGCUGUGAAGCACUUGCAGCUGUUCUAAGCAAUUCAUGUCUGAAAGAGCUGGACCUAAGUGAUAAUGACCUGAAAGACUCAGGGGUGGAACUGCUGUCUGCUGGACUGGCCAGUCCAACAUGUCAACUAGAAAAACUGAGUCUACCAUUCUGUGGAAUCACAGAGAUUGGCUGUGGAUUUUUGGCUGAAGCUCUGAGGUCCAACCCCACCCACUUGAAGGAGCUGGAUCUGAGUUAUAAUCAUCCGGGGCAACUGGGAAUGGAGCUGCUGACCUCUGUACAGAAGGACAUUGAACACCUCACUGUCAGCUUGAACGGCAAUGCUGAGUGUUACUUGAAAUCAGCUCUGAAGAAAUAUGCAUGUGAGCUUACCAUGGAUCUGAGUACGGCCCAUUCACUGCUGUCUUUUUCUGAAGACAACAAAAAAAUGACACGAAUGAAAACAGCUCAGCCAUAUCCUGACAGCCCUGAGAGAUUUACAGACUGGGGGCAAGUGCUAUGUAAAGAGGGUCUUUCUUCUCGUUGCUACUGGGAAGCCGAGUGGACUGGAGAAUGGACAGGUAUAGGAGUGGCUUAUAAAGGAAUCAGCAGGAAAGCAAAAGGUAAUGAUUGUGUCCUAGGCUACAAUGACCAGUCCUGGAGUCUGCGCUACUGUCAAGGAAAAUACACUGCCUGGUACAAGAAGAGUGAUGCAAGCAUAUCUGUCCCAUUCUUCGACUCCAAAAAGGUUGGAGUGUUUUUGGACUGGUCAGCUGGCACUCUGUCCUUCUACGCCGUAUCAUCAAACACCAUGACUCACCUGCAUACCUUCCAUGCUAAAUUCUCAGAGCAGCUUUAUGCAGGCUUCAGACUGGGAUAUGAUGAUACUUCAUUAACUCUGUGCCAGCCAGAGUACCCAUAAAUACCCAUAUUCAAUGUAUAUGUUCAUAAAACAUGUACAUAGAAGAAAUAAAGGCUGAAAAUAAAGGGAUUUCAGAUGGCCUUGUUUCUGACAUGCUAUUUCAAAUUAUAUCAAUAGUAAAUUCCUAUCAACUACAGUAACUGUGCCCAUCAAGUCACGGAUUUCUAUCAGAACUCUAGGCUGCUUCUCAUCUGCAUGCUGAAAUGUGUAGUCACCUAGUUACCUUUGCUCUUUAGGGACAUCCAAGUUCCUUACCUUGUCCUCUAGGGUUAGGGUUAAACAACCUGCAAAAGACACCCAUGCAUAAGGAGUUAGGAGUCACAUAUUGGUAGGAAGUGGGAAUUGCUAAUUAUUUCAUUUGGAUCCCGAAUAGCAUAUUAGGAACACACUAUCUGGAGUCACUAUUGGUACACACAGUUGCCAACUGGGCAAACUCCAAGGUCAUGUGUUAAGGUUAAAAGUUUUUGAGAAAAACAAGUGAGUGGACAUUGUUAUAAGACUUUUAUUUAUUGUUUAUGAGUAUAUGUCAUUGUGUGUUCUGGCAGUUUGAAUAUCUUCCCAGGAAAAUUGUCUGUUUUUUAUCUGUACAGAACAGAACAGAUGAUAAAAAAUAAUACAAAGAUAAAACUGCAUCUCAACUUUAUGUUAGGACGAAAGAAUGCAAGUAUCAGAUUAACUGUAUGUUUUGUGUAUAACUGUAACGUGUUAGGACACAGACACCAAACAAUUAGCUUGUUUUAUCUUGCAUUUAUUUUCUGUAAUGACUGCACAUUUUCAUGUGUUUGAACUAUAUUGUUUGCACAUUAUAUUCUAAUGCAUUUUUUACUGGUUGAUAGGACUGUGAUCAUUGGGUGACAGUGUUGAAUUACAUGAGAAAAAAAGUAAAGUAGAAAUUGGUCAACAAGCAUGUCACUCAAAAAAAAAGGAAAUAAAUAAAUGAUUCAUGUCAAAACCUG